AUGACUAGAAUCCUCAUUAUUGGCGCUGGAGAGUUGGGAUCUCAAGUCCUUCAGUCUUUGAUCCAACACCCAUUUAGCCACAAUGCCACCGUGUCUGUCUUGCUACGGUCUCAAACAAUCGAGUCAACCGAUCCGGUUAAACAGAGAGAUGUACACUCCUUGCAAGAGAUAGGAGUGAAGGUGGUUCCUGGAGACAUUGUGCAUGAUCAAGAAUCAACUCUCGUCUCGAUCUUCGCCAACCAUGACACCAUCAUCGGCUGCACUGGCUUUGUUUCUGGGAAAGGCACCCAAGUCAAGAUCGCUUCGGCUGUCCUCGCCGCUAAAACAGCCCGGUAUAUCCCCUGGCAGUUUGGAGUCGACUAUGAUAUAAUCGGGCGCGGUUCGGCGCAAGAUCUCUUUGAUGAACAACUCGACGUUCGGGAUAUGCUCCGCGCACAGCAGACGACUAGAUGGGCCAUUAUUUCCACGGGGAUGUUUACGAGCUUUUUGUUCUCACCAUCAUUCGGCGUGGUGGACUUCGAUCAUGCUACUAUCCGAGCUCUUGGAGGCUGGGAGAAUCGAGUCACCAUUACCACCCCUGAGGAUAUUGGACGGUUCACCGCGGAAAUUGUGCUUGGAAAGGACUCGGAAGCCCUCAUUUCCGAUCAAGUCAUUUUUGUUGGCGGGGACACGAUCGCCUAUGGGGAAUUAGCUCAAUUGGUGGAGAGACUCGCCCGAAAGCCGUUCGAGAAAAAGGUCCUCCUGGUGUCCGAUGCACAGACUGCCCUUGCAGAGGAUCCAAGCAAUGGAUUAUUGAAAUAUCAAGUGGUUUUCGGGCAAGGACGUGGUGUGGCUUGGGAUCUGAAAGAGACGUGGAAUUUCCAGCAAAAUCUCACGGCGCAAACAGCCGAGACGUGGGCGAAAGAGAACAUCCUGUAG